AUGUCAAGACUCAGGAGCGGGCUCCCCCAGCGGCGGCCGCGCCCGCGACGACCCAGCGCCACCGCCGCCCCGCCCCUCCCUCGCCCGGCCAUCUGCGCGGGUCCGACGGCGCGGCGCGUCGAUCCGGCGCGCGGGUCGCUGCCCGCGGCCGGCGGCGCGAGCGCGCGGGCGAUGAGGGGCGGCGGAGCACUGCUCGCGACGGCCGGCCUCGCUUCACAGGCUGCAAAGAAUCUUGUAGCUGCGGCCGCGGCACCUUCAGCCCCUGCUUUCUGGGCAUCUGCUGCAAAUACACCUUCUGGAGCAGGUGGCGUGCUUAGGAAUCUACAUCAGAGGUACUGCUCAAGCUUUGUUGGUCAGAGGGCACGGGGCGUGCACUCUGGCGCUGCCGCUUUUCUUUCUAACGAGAUCCAUAGGAGAGCCCCAGAAAGAGUUAUACAUAACUUCAAAACGCUAAAUCGAGGAAUUUCAAGUGCGGCAAGGGAGGAAGGACGUGUUCUUGGUACUGCUAGUGCACCCCAGUACACAGUAGAGAAGGACCUACUUAAAAAGCAGCUUCUGCGUACCAUCUCUGCCCUUACAGUUACUGGCUUUGCCAUCUAUGGCGUUAAGGUUAUGCUUGAUAGUGCCAUAGACACCAAAGUUAGCAAAUUCGAUGGUUUGAAAGAAGUAUCAGCCACAGAUUUAAGCACAAGGUUCAGUGAUGUAAAGGGGGUUGAUGAAGCCAAAGCUGAGCUCGAAGACAUAGUUCACUACCUACGAGAUCCCGAUAGUUUCAAACGCCUUGGUGGCAAGCUUCCAAAGGGUGUUUUGCUUGUGGGCCAACCUGGCACAGGGAAGACAAUGCUAGCAAGGUCGGUAGCUGGGGAAGCCGGCGUCCCUUUCUUCUCGUGCAGUGGCAGUGAUUUCGAAGAGAUGUAUGUUGGUGUUGGUGCUAGGAGAGUGAGGGAGCUCUUCAGUGCAGCAAAGAAGCGAUCUCCUUGCAUAGUAUUUAUCGAUGAAAUUGAUGCAAUUGGUGGGCGCAGAGACACUGAAGGUGUACCGUCACAGAGGCCGGCUCUGAACCAGCUGCUUGUUGAGAUGGAUGGCUUCAAGCAGAAUGACGGGAUUAUUGUGAUCGCAGCAACGACCUUGCCGCAGUCACUAGAUAGUGCUCUUGUCAGGCCUGGACGUUUUGACUGUCAAGUUCAUGUUUCGGUUCCAGAUGUUGAGGGCCGCCGACAGAUCCUCGAGGCUUACAUGUCAAAGGUGAGUAAAUCCAAGGAUGUGGAUGCGAUGACCAUCGCAAGGGGGACGCCUGGGUUCUCAGGUGCAGCCCUUGCAAACCUAGUGAACACUGCCGCUCUUAAGGCUUCCAGGGAUGGGGCAAAUGCUGUUGGGAUGGGUCACCUUGAGUACGCCAUGGACAGGAUCAUCAUGGGCAGGGAGCGCAAGUCGAUGGUGAUAUCCGAUAUGUCAAAGAAGAGGACUGCAUACCACGAGGCUGGGCACGCCCUUGUUGCUAUCCUCACGGACGGUGCUAACACUGUCCACAAGGCCACCAUCGUGCCUAUGGGAAAUGCUCUCGGCAAGGUGACGCAGCUGCCAGGGGAAGACAGCCACCUCACAAGGAAGCAGAUGCUGGCGAGGCUCGACGUCGCCAUGGGAGGACGGGUGGCCGAUGAGCUUAUAUUUGGAGAAGCAGGGAUCACCACUGGUGCCUCAUCUGACCUAGGCAAGGCAACUCGAUAUGCGAAAGACAUGGUCGUCAGGUAUGGUAUGAGCAAGCGGGUCGGCCUUGUUUCCUAUGGCAAUGACAUCAAUGCUGCCCGUGGCAAGGCGAUGGCCAUGAGCGGGCGGACGAUAGGUCUGGUUGAUGAGGAGGUGAAAGCAUUAUUGGACAACGCUUACAGGAACGCGAAAAAGAUUCUCACGGAGCACAACAAGGAGUUCCAUGCGCUAGCAAAUGCCCUCCUGGAGCAUGAAACUCUCACUGGUGACCAGAUCAGGAAACUAGUUUUGACAGGACGACAAGGAGUUGGUCGUAGCAGCAGCCAGCAAAAUCAGGGAACGCCUUCUCUCACUGGUGACCAGAUCAAGAAACGAGUUUCGACAGGACGACAAGGAGAUGGUCGUAGCAACAGCCAGCAAAAUCAGGGAACACCUUCUCUCACUGGUGACCAGAUCAAGAAACGAGUUUCGACAGGACGACAAGGAGAUGAUCGUAGCAGCAGCCAGCAAAAUCAGGUAACACCACCUCUUGCCGGUGACGAGAUCACAAAACUAGUAUCACCAGACCAACAAGUAGAUGGUGGUAACAAUAGCGAUCAGGGAACAUCUUCUCUCUCUGGGGACGAGAGCACCAAAUCAAUGUCAACAGAAGAACAAGGAGAUGGUCCUAACAGCAGCCAGCAUAAUCAGGGAGCACCGUCUAUCACUGGUGAGGAGGCCACAAAGCUAGUUUUGACAGAACAACAAGCAGAUAGUUAUAGCGGUAGCCAGCAGGAUCAGGGAACACCUUCUGUCACCCGCAACGAGAGCGCCAACCAGUGA